UUGAAAAAAUAAGACAGAUUAAUCGAUUAUCAAAAUAAUCGUUAGUUGCAGCCCUAUAUAAAAUGUUUACAUGACAUAAAAUAUGGAUGUAAGGAAAACACAAAUAUUCAAAUUAUGAAUAAUAGCUUCAAUAAAACUUUAGCUAUAAAGGAACCUGUCACCCAAAAUUUUAUUUUAUGAAAGGACAUACAACUAAAAAAGAAACAGCUUUAAAACACCGUCAUAUUUGAAAAACAACAAAAAAGCAAAAGCCUAAACCACAGCAUCAACAAAAAAAACAUCAGUUAUAUUGACUUACAAUACACAGAAACCCCCAUAAACACCUAAGGCAUAUUAUUUCUGAUGUGUCCAAACAUUAAACUGUGUCUCUUCUGCUUAGUGAUCAGUACUGCAAAUUUAUUCUUCAAAGUGUAUUUAAUCUAUGUUUCUGUUUGCAUUUUAGGUUUCAGAGAACAUCAGGGAUAUGACAUCCAGUGCACAAAACAGACACUAAUAGAGGUGACUCAGCUGCAGUUCACUGCCAAGCCGCCAAGAGGAGAACUGCCCUUAACGAUUGCAGAUCUGAGCCCCAGACAGUUGGUAGGCACACUGGAAGCUGCAGUGUGCAGUAUGGAUGACUCACCAACCAUGGUGAACAUCAGACAGUCACAAUGCGAAGUACUGAACUGCUGCAUUGGAGACAGAACCGGCAGAAUACAACUGUCGUUAUGGGACAAUCAGAUGUCCAUGGUCAAAGAAGGACAAUCCUACACUUUCACAAACCUGUCAACAAGAAACUUUAUGGGACAACUGGUUUUAACAAGCACUCGCCAGACAAAAAUUCAGUCCCUUGACCGUACACUUGAAGUUGCAGUUGAACAAGGCACCUGUGACUCUCAGAAGUCCUUGAAACAGCUCAAUUCCAAUGUAGUGGGUGCACAAAUAACUGUCAAAAAACAGUGCCCCACGUGCCACACUGCACAGCACAUUGACAACUCAAAGGAGGUCUACCAUAGAUGUCAAACGUGUAAAAUGUUGCGUCAAACUAAAAGCUACACCACCAAAUGCAGUGGUUUGCUUCUUUUUGAGACAUGUGAAGGUGAGAUUACUAUGAACAUCUCACACUCGAUCAUUUCAAAGUUCAUUCAGCCAGCAGGCUGUAUUGAUGCAAUGGACUCUCAGGACAUUGAGGAAAGCUUCCUUGGGGCUGGCAUCUUGGCAGUCACGUACACACAUGACAACAACAUUGCAGACAUUCAGCAAAUGGUGUCUGAACACCAUACACUUCCUAAGGAACAAGGUGACAGCCAAACCCUUGUGACUGACACAUCUACAGAAGAACAUGACAACGAUGAAGAGUUAGCAGCUUGUGCUGUAUCAGCGCAUGAGUCAGUUCUCAAAUCAGAGGACAAACUGCCCUUGAUUGUUCAGCAACCACUGGACAACGUCAUCAGUGAGAUGGACAAAGCAACCCCUGAGUGCCAAGGACCUAAAACUGGUGACCUUCACACAAUUCCAACUGUUACUCGCAGCAAACAAAAAAGCUGUAACAAAAAAUAAUUGAAGAACUUUGAAAAACGAGUUGGCACACCACAAAAAUGUGUACCUGAGGAACCAUCUUCAUCAGCAUGCGAUGAGGACUACAUUGACAGCCUUGACAGUCUGUACAAAACCUGACCAGUGCGCGCUUCGAUCUAACAAAACUUGGUGAUAGAGCUGUACACAUUCACAGUGACACUAACCAAGUUUGUUCUUAAGUAACAAUCUUUAGUUUAUUUAUGUAGAACAUAUGCUGCCUUGUUUACGUUGAUAAUGUUGUUGUAUGCAUAUUUGUUAUUGCUUAAAGGAGAACUCCGGUGUAGUAAAACAUGAUAAACAGUACUUACCUUUACUACCGUUUUCCCACAGCUUUUCGAGAUACAAAAUGUUUUCCAUUUUUGCCGUAUGGGCUCCAGAAUGGAUGGCACAGGGCAUCAGUUUUCCCCCGUAGAUAAAAUUGCUGUUUACACUGUUAUCUAGAUCAACGUAACUCCACGCCUCAGUGGUAGAAUCUGGAGAGCCCUGACAUUUAAAAUGAGGCAUUAAGAAUUUAAAAAAUGAACAAAAAUGCAAUACAAUCUUUGUUUAUGUUUGUAGCAGAAGCUAGUUCUCUGGGCGCCGCCAACUUAAAGUAAAGCCAGAGAUAUUUUCAGUCAGGAGACUGAACAAUUAGGUAGUAGAAGGCUAUACUAUUUGCUCAGUCAGCCAACUAUAAAAUAUCUCAGGCUUUACUGUAAGAUGUAAGAUCUAGGUUACACCGUGAAAUGUAAACAAUGGCUUUUAUUGCGUUUUUAUGCAUUUUUAAAGUUCUUAAUGCUUUGUUUUGGACGUCUUGGCUCUCCGGAUUCUACCAGUGAGGUCUGGAGUUACGUUUGAGUCUGGAUGACGGUGUAAAAAGCGAUUUAUCUGCGGGGGUAAAAAGAUGCGCCAUAACGCCCAUUCUGGAGACCAUAUGGCAAAAAUGGUAAAUAUUCUGCAUUCUGGAAAGCUCUGUGAGAACGUGGGUUUGAUAUUUGGCAAAGGUUAGUAUUCUUUUUCAUGUUUUACUACAGCCAAAGUUAAUUUCACACUGAAGUGACUGAAGUCCCAGAGAAGUUGUUUGUUUUUAAUUGGUUGAAAUGUGUAACAAGUUUUCACAGUUUGCUUAUUUAAGACUGUUUGUCUUUAUAUUUUGUACUUUUUUGUGCUAAUUGCUUGUAUUAAACAAUUAACAUGCUUA